GGUUCGAAGAUUGAGCUAAUGAAGAAUGACAUGGGAGGGGCUGCGGCUGUUUUAGGUGCAGCAAAAGCUCUUGGUGAAAUUAGGCCUUUUGGAGUAGAGGUGCAUUUCAUUGUUGCAGCUUGUGAAAAUAUGAUCAGUGGAGCAGGCAUGAGGCCUGGAGACAUUGUCACAGCUUCAAAUGGUACGACAAUUGAGGUUAACAAUACUGAUGCUGAGGGUAGGCUCACACUUGCUGAUGCUUUGAUAUAUGCAUGUAACCAAGGUGUUGAGAAGAUAAUUGAUCUGGCAACAUUAACUGGUGCUAUUGUGACUGCUCUUGGACCUUCAGUUGCUGGUGCUUUUACACCUAGUGAUGGCCUAGCAAGGGAGGUGGUUGUAGCUGCUGAGGCAAGUGGUGAAAAGCUAUGGAGGAUGCCUAUGGAGGAGAGUUACUGGGAGAGUAUGAAAUCAGGAGUGGCUGAUAUGAUUAACACGGGACCUCGUGAUGGUGGUGCCAUAACUGGUGCUCUCUUCCUCAAACAAUUUGUUGACGAGAAGGUCCAAUGGUUGCAUCUCGACAUAGCUGGCACCGUAUGGAUCGAUGAAAAGAAAAAACCCACGGGUUAUGGUGUUUCAACUCUGGUGGAAUGGGUGCUGAGGAACUAGUCAAGAUGUUGAUGGCUAAACUUAUCUCAAGGGACUAUUGAUGUUUGAGAAAAUAAAUGCAUCAAGUUGUAUGAAUAAAGGCAAUUGUAUAGGCUUUCUUUGACUAAUAAAAUACCUAAAUAAAAUUGCCAAUUUACCUUUUGGAAUGAAAUUUCUUAUUCCUAUCUUA